AUGGCACCGCUAGAGACUCGCCACACAUCGCCCUUCGACCGGUAUCUCCCCGGCCAGGUUAUCACUCUCAACGUUGCCGAGUCAUCGGACACCCUCUCGGUUAGGAUCUCCCGACUUCAAACACCGCACACACUGUCAUGCAGCAUGGUCGUCGACAUCCUAGAUGGCUGGAGCAAGGAGGACAGCGUGCCGACAACCGCGUUUCUGAAGCUCUUCGACCGCCGCUUUGCCGAAUCAUUCCGUCGAGACAACUACAUGAAGCCAUGGAGCAAGGAUCUGGAGAAAGAAUACAUCUCUGCUCCGAAAAGCGACAUGGUCAAAUUCCUGCAUCAACUCCACAAUAACCCGAAAGCCGUGAUGAACACAGAUCAAGGUUGGGACGACGCAAAGAACGAAGCAUUUCUGGCCGACGAGAUGCGCCGAAUGCACGCGACCGAGACGAGAGUCUACAAGACGCUGAGCGCCAGUCAGGGGAAGCAAAUCCCGUGCCUGUACGGCUCUGUCGACGUCGCCAUGGCGGUACAAGGCGGCACACCCCGGCAGAGGCAAGAAGAGCUCUUUUCCGUCGGGGGCAUCCUGAUCGAAUACAUCCCCGGCUUCACGCUCAGGGACAUGCCAGCCGCCGCCCCGCGGUCGUCGUGGCAGGAAAUUGUGAACCAGGCACUUGAAGCAGUCGACAUCCUCGGAGACCACGGCAUACUGAACAGAGACGUGCAUCCCGGCAACUUCAUGGUUCUACCACUGCCCGAGCACCACCACCAACAUCCCCGGGGCUACCGCGUCUGCAUGAUCGACUUCGGUCUGUGCCAGUUUCGCGGACCCCACGAGUCCGACGUCGAGUGGGGCCAGCGGAAAUUCGAGCAGGACGAGGAGGGCGCCGUCGGGUUGGUCAUGAAGGAAAUGUUGGCGGGGCAGCACGGAUUCGACCUGCGCUAUCGGGACUCGGGGAGGUAUUGCGAGUUUGCGGGGGCUGGAAAGGCGGAGCGCUUGACGGAUGAGGACCGCAUCAGAAUGCGCAGGUCCGGGGGAGUAGACAUGGUCAGCAUUCCACGCACUUGCUCACAUUAUGGCUGGAUCGGUGAUCAGGGGAUCUUGCAAGGGCAUCAAAGUGGUUAA